UUAUCUUCCACUCAGCUGUGAGAGUCGUGUUGCCUGAUAGUUUUCAUAAACAAGGUGACAUAUUACACAUAAAACGGUAUUGUGCUAAACAUGCCUCGGCCCACACGUGAGUCUUACGGUGACCAAAAACCACCAUUUUCAUACAUAGCUCUGACAGCCAUGGCGAUUUGGAGCUCACCGGAGCGCAUGCUGCCGCUGUCGGAGAUCUACCGGUUCAUCACGGACAGGUUCCCGUACUACCGGCGCAACACUCAGCGCUGGCAGAACUCGCUGCGGCACAACCUCUCGUUCAACGACUGCUUCGUGAAGGUGCCGCGCCGCCCGGACCGGCCCGGCAAGGGCGCCUACUGGACGCUGCAUCCGCAGGCCUUCGACAUGUUCGAGAAUGGAUCCUUGCUUAGGAGACGCAAACGCUUCAAGCUGCAUAAAGGCGAAAAAGAUAGCUUAAACGCAGAAUUGGCAGCACUCGCUAGUUUUAAUAGAGCAUUCUUAGCGAGACAGGCCGGGGCUCCCCAGGCACCUAGUUUACCAAACGGUAGUCUAUAUUCACCAGCAGCGACUAUGUGUUCAAGGCCUAGUCCUGAACCGAUAGAUGCACCAGACACAGCAGCAUUAUUACCAAUAGGGCCACGACCUCGACGGGCAUUUACUAUAGAUGCUCUUUUGGAGCCAGAGCCUCGUCGUUCAUCACCAUCACCCCCACCUCUACCACCACCGCCUCUGCAGCCACAUUGUCCCUUGCCACUCCCUCCAGCUCCUUAUUUGCUGGCUGCGCAGAGGUAUCAUGCUGAGCUGCUGGCGGGCUUGCAGCAAUCCUGUUUACCUCCAUUAUGGACGUGGCGGGACACCAGUCAAUUCUCACAUUAUACGCUUAAUUCAUGAAUGGUACUUAGCAUCGACGUAAAUAAAGAUCUCAGACGUGUGUAGCUCUAGUAUAAGUGUCUAGAGACAGUUUGUUACGACUAAGCUAAAUAAAAAUUAAAUACAUUAGAGGAUUAGUGAAGAAAAAUAUUAGUGAGGCUGAUGAGAUUAUUGCUCAGUGGCAUUCUUGGUUAUUUGCCGCUAUUUAAAUGUUCUAUAAUAAUAAACGUAAAUAGAAUGAGCUCUUGUUACAAAAGGCAACACAACGGGAGGAAAACCCUCGCUUGAGACUGAAAGCAAAUAAAUUCCCUACACAUUGACUCUAUGUAUAUAGUCAACUAAUUGCCCAAUAAGCUUGCUAUUUAAAAUCGUUUUUGAAACUGUGAUAUUUGUAAUACAAUGUAAUUCUUAAGUAUGUAAAUAUGUACAGAGUUAGAAUAUUUAUUAUGUUAACUUAUAACUUAUUGUAGUCACCAGUGAAAAAUAUCACGUAUUAACUGUUA